CCCCACGUUACUGAUAUUGAAUUUAUCUUCAUUACGCUCCUUCCUAGAUCGAUGAAAACAAAGUUAAAAAGCAGAUUGGCAUUCUCGUAGUUCCGCCUACAGCAGCAUGAUUUUGGCAGUUUGGGUUUAUUGCUGCGAAUUUGUGCUACUGUAGUACAACUAGAACAAUAGUCCAGCACCAGCAUCCAUUGUUCAGCUUUGCAAGUAGUAAAUCAGAUGACGUCGAAGAUGGCGACCUUCUGAUCCGAAACCUACUCCUACACUUUGCUCAAAAUAAUGAACCUUCGAUUCACGUUUCGCGGGACGCCGUUCGACGUCCCGUUUGGGGACGGGGAGGAGCGGUUGGUUUUAUCCUGUGCAAAAGUAUCGUACUCGUAGUGCAGUCAUGCAUUACAAAUCUUUUCCUCAAGGUAAAUCCGAAUUACAAAUUUCAUUUCUCAUGCUGAGGAAAUUUGUAAUGCAUUUAUAGAUACGAGUACGGUACUUUUGCAGUUCAUAGGUUUCGCUGUUUGACAUCUUGAAGGAGCUGUUCGACGUGCGUAAGGAAACCUGCACGAUCAUCUACCAUGGCAAGAAGGUUUCGCCCUUUGUGAAAGCCAGAGACAUGGUGCUCGGGCCGCAAGAAGAUCAUCCCAAUCCGAAUCAUGCGGCAUCACCAUCACAACAUCAAGAUGACAUUAACUCUAAAAACGUUGACGAGGAGAUGAACUACGCGUCCGAGGCGGCAGUGCCGGAAAAACCCUCGGAAGUAGAGGAAAUAAAUGGAGGGGCGGGCUGCAUAGUGGAGAGUGGUACUAUGAUCGUUGACGCCAGCAGCAGCACACUGGCACCAUCUUCGUUCUCUUCAUCUUCGCCCCGCCCCGCUCAGGUUGCUCUUCCUGUAGUGCAGCAGCUUCCGUCGUUUGUGAAGAUCCUGUAUGUAUUGCAAAUAUGUCUGGGUCUGGAAGGUUGGAACUUGUAAUGCUAGCCUUCCAUACCUAGGAAAUCUGUAUUGCGCAACCAGCAAAAGCCGCAGCCUCUUUUGUACAUGCAAACACGCAGUUUCUCAUGCGGAUUGCCUAUGGGAGAGCGUUCCGGAUGAAAGUUGUCAUGCUAAAUUGCAUUCCGGGGAACUGUUUGUGUCUCCAUCAUCCACAUUUUAGCAUCACAAGUUUCCAGACCUAGACACAUUUGCAUUUGAUAUCCUGAUUACCGGUAGCAGCGAGAAGGACAUUGACUUUUUUCAAAAGGUAUGCACUGCAAAAGUAUCGUGCUCGUAGUAAUUGCAUUCAUGCAUUACACGUCUCUUUCUCAAGGUAAACCAGCAUUACAGAUUUAAUCUGUAAUGCUGGGUUAAUUUGUAAUGCAAUAGCAAUUCAUUCUUGUACAAUGCUUUUGCAUUGCAUAAAAGGCGAAGGCCGACCCGCUGGUGAAGGGGUUUGCGGCGCUUGAGCGGGAUGAGAAGGCGCGGCGGCGGCGGGAACGCAAGCUCGCGAAGGAGAGUGGCGGCUUAUCAAAUGUAAAAAUGUCUGGGUCUGGAAACUUGUAAUGCUGAGUUGUGAAUAGUGAAUGGUCUGUAAUGCAUAGCGGCCAAGCAUGAGAAAUAUUUCCGAGGCUUAGUGUUGCGCUUUCCGCAUGACAAACGGCGUUUUUGCAUGACAGGGCUGGCGAAAGCCUGCCAUGGGUUUCACUAUCCACGGGUGGUGUUGCGGGUAUUCCUGGCGAAAGCCAAAAACCGGCAGAAAACGGGCCACGGCAGCGCUCUCGCUGGACAUUACCAACAUUUGUCCUGGCAGGGCCGUCCUCUUGCCGGACACAACCAACAUCUGUCCGAAACAGCCUAGGGCGAAGACGACACCGUGAGGACGACCACAGGGGGUUCGUCUCAAUGAUGAUGAUGAUGACAAGCAAAAGGGUCUCUUUCUGGACACGCAUCACAGACUUUUCAGUCAUGCCAGACAAGCAUGACAAACCUUGCACCCUUCCAGACCCAGACAUUUUUACAUUUGAUACGGCUGGGGGGGGAGUAAGAUGCACGCGGAGUUUCGGUUUUCGAAGAUCACGGCGGAGUACAAGUACAACACCCCGACGCCGUUCGAGGCCGAGAAAUUGCUGACGAAGUUGGCCUAUGCUCUGCAAAAGUGUUAUAUCGCACUCCUUUGAUGAAUUGCUGUCAUGCAUGACAAAUAUCUUCUUCUUUCCCAACUCGAAUAAUAGCAAUGCAACUUUACAACUUUCAUCAUCACUUUUGUGCUUACCAAAAUUUGUGAUGCUAGUUACAGUUGAUACUAGGUAGCGCGCUAUUUUUGCAAUGCAUAUGGCCCACGACCCGGCCAUCGUGAAGAUCAUGACGGAAGAGAAACUGCACGUCGGGCUGUUGACGGAGAUGUCUCCUGUAUGAGAGUGCACAACUCCCUGUCGUUCUCAUUUCUCAUGCAAAAUCCCAAAUCCAAGUGCUUCCCUUGUAUCGCUAUUAUGCAUGACAGAUUCAGGAAGCCCAAACAGUACUACACGAGGCGCAUGAAUUUGGCAUGCACAGGCGUCACGUGUGGCGGUGUUUGUAUUGCUGUUCGUGCAAUAGGGGGGAGUUGUGCACUCUCAUAUCCUGCGGAGGCGCAGGCGCGGAUGCAGAUGGAGGGAAAGGACGGCGAUCUGCUAUGCGUUGCAAAUAUGUCGUCCUCUGGUGGAACUUGUCAUGCCAAGUCUAGAUCGUACAGAAAUCUGUGUUGCAUGAACGGAAAGAGUGGUCCUUCACUUCUCCCCACGCAAUGGGUGGAUUCCUCAUGCGGAAUAGGCAUGUUAUUUAUGAAGCUCGUGCAUAAUCUGUAAUGCGCCUUCGUGCAUUCCAGACCAUGUGCGUGAUCCUAAAGAUGCAUGACAAUCUUCCAGACCUCCCAGACAUGUUUGCAUUUGAUAUCUGCUCGGCUUCAACGAAAACGCAGGGGCGCGAAUCGUGUUGCGGUUGCGAACCGACGACACCAAGGGGUUUCGGCCCUACCACGACUUAGUGAACACUCUGAUCCACGAGUUGGUGCACAACACCUUCGGCCCGCACGACGACAAGUUCUGGAACCUGUUUCGCAACUACAAGAAGCGCUACGACCAGUUCCACGAUUACUACUCCCGGAACGGGCAGAGCCUGAUGGGUCGCGGCGGCGCCGCUGCAAACGUCGACUCCGAUAGCGAGGGGGAGAAACCGCAGCGACUCGGGGGUGCGGCGCUGGAAAGCGUGGCUGGUGGUAUUUCCAUGGCGGGGAGUGGUCGUGAGGAUGGGACUUUCACGCCGAGAAAUCGACGGGAGCAGCUGGCCGAAAUCGCGGAAAAGAGGAUGAAACUGCUCGCAUCUUCUUCUCCUUCUCCGCAGGUGGGUCGCGGAGCAGGUGCGAACAAUACUACGAGUGACAGAAGAGAAGUAGAAGUGGAUCAAGAACAAUUACAAGCAGGAGGAGCUGGUGCUGCAGCUCCCGCGGCGCCAGGAGCAGUUGCAGGGAACGGUCGUAUGGAUGUGGUGUUAGACGACGCAAGCAAGAACGUGGUUUCUGUGCAGGAAAUAAGCGACCACGAGAUGAUGUCCUAUCAGCACCCCGAAAGGUGUCCUUGCGGAGUUUGCGAGCCGAUAUCUCGUCCAGUCAUGGAACCUGUAGUUCCCAUGGACGUUUGCAAAGAAGCCGGGACAGCACCAGCUGCGUCAGACGGAAAUUUAGCGGAGCGGGUGACUGAGAGGACUGCUGCAGCAUCUUUACUGCCAUUGGACAGCGCACCGACAACCCAGCGGCCAAACGCAGCGGAGCAGGUGAUGAACAAGCUGCCAGAUGGACAGCAACAUCCUGAAGACGAUGACGAGCCCAUGGAGGAACAAGAGCAUGAUCAACACCGGCCCGAGGAGCCGGUGUUUGACGAAGCGGAGUGGGCGGAUUUGCUUGGGUUUGAGGGUGCGCAACUCCUCAUCUCGGUGCGGAAAAAUUUGCAAAAGCUGAAGCAGCAGAAAGGAGCAUCAAGUAGCGAACAUUUACUGACGUUGAUUCAGCGUGUGUGCAGCAACCUGGUCCAGCACCCGACGGAGGAAAAGUACCGGCAGCUGCCGCUAAGCAACGCGAAAAUACGCGCACUGGUCGACAACGCUGCCAUAUGCAUUGCAAAAGUAUCGCACUGCGUAGUACUUAAUGGCAUUACAAAUUGGCUCAGCAUGACAACUGGAAUUUGUCAUGCUGUUUUGCUUUGGGAUGGAGAUUUGUAAUGCAUGACUGCGAUUACAACUACGAGUGCGAUACUUUUGCACAGGAUAUGCCAGUGCGGCGAUCCUGGACGCCAUGGGUUUUCGCCGCGAACCGGACCGUAUCCUGUGCAAAAGUAUCGCACUUGUAUUGCAAUCAUGCAUUACAAAUCUUUCUCUUAAGGUGAAUCAGCAUUACAAAUUUUAUCUCUCAUGCUAAGGAAAUUUCAAUUUGUAAUGCAUUUGUACGAGUGCGAUACUUUUGCGAUUCAUAGACCGCUUUUUCAUCGCCCCGGCGCGCGUGGACCCCGGGAAGCUGAUCAUGCUGCGCGACAUCAUUGCGCAAUUUGUCGUCGUACCCCCGACAGCGACAUCAGCACCUCCUUCCACGGUGAUGGUACCAGCGACGGGUGGCGGUGGAGCAGUACAGUGACAGCGAUUUUUUCCGGACGUUAAUGUUGCUUUGGUGCUGUUCGUUGUUGCGGCUUCCAAGUCCGAAGCCGAACAAGUGAAGUACUUUCUACGAAAAUGAAGAUACCCCAUCCUGACACUGUUUGUGCUAUCGUUUCAGAAACAAAAGAACUCCUCCUGAAAAAUUUCUUUCCAGAAACCGUGUUGGCACCACUGAUGAUGAAUGUAUACCCUUUUGUUGUACGAUGUGGCUCUUUCAUGAGGUACGAGAAAAAACCUUGUUGUUGAAUAUGUUGGACACCGAUAAAUUGAUUGAAUUUGGUGUGAAAAGAAAAAGAGAACAGACGUACUUCUUGAUCGUCGAGAAGGAAAACUACAGGAAGACCAUUGCCGAUAUUACAGAUUGGUUGUUGCGUUCUGGGGCGGCGCUAUCAUGGUUAG